AUGUUUCCAACGCAGACAGACGAAACUCUGCGAGACAUUUACAAUACCGCAGGGCCGUCGAUGGAGCACGUCUUCUCCGAGACUCUAGGGGACCCGAGUUACGAUACUCUUGGAGAAGAAGAUGAGGGCGCCGCUCUUGAGGAAUAUGACGACGCUUCUUCUCUUGAGGAAGAUGACGACGCUGCCCUUGAGGAAUAUGACGACGCUUCUCUUGAGGAAGAUGACGACGCUGCUCUUGAGGAAUUUGACGAGGCUGCUUUUGAGGAAGCCUACCGCGCCGAUGUAGAAGCAGGUCGCGCUUUAGAGCCUGGGGAGCCCCAAGAGCCUCAAGAAAUGCUGGUACCGACUGUGGAUCUUACAUUUCGCCCCUGGACCUUUCCCCGCGUGAGCCUUCAGCCCGUCGCGAGCCUUCAGCCAGUCGUGACUCUGGAACUGGAAAGACAUCCCUACGGCUACGACAGUGUUCUGUAUACCGCUCUCGACGAGGACUCCGUCGAAGUGGACGUCUUUGCCUUUCAAUAG